AUGGAGCGGCGCGCGGACGGCCGGCGCCGGCGCAGUCGCAGCCGCAGCUUCAGCCCCGUGUCCUCGCGCCUGCGCUACCAGCCGCGUCGGCGCGGCACCACGCGGCCGCCCCCGGCGCCCAGCUCCGCCCACCGGCGCCGCCGACGCGCCACGAAGGACGCCGAGCUCGACGACAAGAAGAAGAAGAAGAACGGCAAGCGCAGCCGAAGCCGCAGCCGCAGCCGCUCGCACCACGCCGGAAGCCGCUCGAGGCGGAGAACUGCAGACUCGCGAGCGCCCAGAUCCAAGUCCAGAUCCAGGUCCGGGUCCCGCAAGAGGAGACACUCGGGUACCCGCUCGCGCACCGGGUCCAGCGGCAGUCACCGCCACCACCGACGAUACAGCGGGAGGAAGACGCGGUCCUCGAGGACCGACAGCCAGACGCGCGGCCGCCGGAACAGCCCCGAGAACGACUACAACGGGCGGCGUCGCUCGAACAAGCAGCGCCACUCGCGGCGGCGCGACUCGUACCACGACCGGGAGCCGCUGCCGCCCCCGCCCCCUGCCCAGAAGGAUGGCAGUGACGACAGCGUGGCGCACGACGACACUGUGGGCAGCUACACCGGCAAGACGGGCGAGUACAUCGCAGGCCGUUACAAGAUCCUCCGAGAGGCGGGGCUGGGCACGUUCGGCCGCGUGCUGGAGUGUCAGGACAAGCAGCGCAACAUCCUGGUGGCCAUCAAGGUCGUCCGCAAGGUGGACAAGUACACGGAGUCGGCCAAGAUCGAGGCGGCGAUUCUGCAGGAUGUGAACGACAAGGACAAGAACAACGAGUCGCUCUGCGUGCGUAUGUACAAGUGGUUUGAGUAUAAGGGCCACGUGUGCAUGGUCUUCGAGCGCCUCGGCUGCUCGCUGUACGACUAUCUGAAGAACCACGACUACAAGCCGUUCCCGCUGCACUGCAUACGCGCGUACGCCUGGCAGCUUUUGACGUCGUUGGAGUUCAUCCACAGCAUCCGGCUCAUCCACACAGACCUCAAGCCCGAAAACAUUCUGCUGGUGGAUGACGAAGAGGAGCGGCUUUCGUGCGACUCUUCCUCACCGUCGUCAACGUCUUCCUACGGGUCUUCUGGGCGCGAGCAGUGGUCUAACGGGCGGCAGUGGAAGAAGGGCGAGCGCGGAAUGUCCGACGCUGACAGCGGGCGACUGGCGCUGCGUCCGCCUGCAAACAACGCGGUGAAGCUGAUUGAUUUUGGCGGCGCCACGUACGAAGACGAGUCCAAGAGCUCCAUCAUCAAUACGCGUCAGUACCGUUCACCGGAGGUGAUUCUUGGGCUCGGCUGGAGUUACCCAUCGGACAUUUGGUCGGCUGGAUGUAUCAUCGCCGAGCUGUACUUAGGCGAGCUGUUGUUCGCGACCCACGAGAACAUGGAACAUCUCGCCCUCAUCGAGCGCUGCAUCGGUCCUCUACCUGUGAAGAUGGCGGCCCAGGCCUCCAAGCACUCGUCAACUUCCAAGUUUUUCCAUCGCGGGCGAUUGAACUGGCCUGGUGGUUCGUCGAGUGAAGAGAGUGUAGACCACGUGCGGAAGAUGCGCAGGCUGGCUGACUUGAUCUCGCCAGAGGACGCCCAGAGCGGCUUGCUUGAGCUGCUGCAGCUCAUGCUGGUGCUGGACCCCGAGAACCGAGUGACAGCCAAGGAGGCGCUCAACACCCCGUUCUUCGACGGGUUCUCGCACCGCAACAUUGGGCGAGCCGGCCACAAUGGUGGCCCGUGGGGUGGCCACUAAACACGUAAUAGCAAGUAGAAGGAAACGGGAAGCAGGGGAGAUGGUUAGGCAAGAAGAGAGCAGAACCGGAGAGAACCGAGCCGAUAGGUAGGAAAUUCCUACUAGGAAUCAGCAUGGUGUGCUUUUCUCGAU